CAAAGAGAACGACCAUUGUUACACGUGUCUUAAACGAAAAUAGUAUCUCCGCCAAUGAGAAUACUACGCGUUCAUUCAAUUCAUGCGAAAAAUACAUCCUGUAACCCUGUAGUUGAAUGGCCGUUAAUGAUAACUCUGUAUACUUGAACAUAUCGGGUGUAGAAGAAAACAAAAACGAAGGGCAAGUGAAUGAAAGUAUGUCCAAUCUACCGACUCAAAGUCGCAAGAAGUUAAUUAUUUGUUGCUCGGGGAUUUUUAUCUGCUAUUUUUAUUAUGGUAUUAUUCAAGAAAGAAUAACAAGAUUUCCUUAUGGUGAAGAAAAAGAAAAAUUUGUUUAUCCCAUGACACUUGUUUUCAUUCAAUGCAUUGUCAAUUCACUGUUUGCCACUGCAGUCAUUAAGUUCACUUACUAUGGAUCAGAAAGAGAUACAACUCCUAAUACAUUAUAUAUAUGGUGUGCGUUCUCAUAUGUUGGAGCUAUGCUUGCAAGCAAUGCUGCCCUACAAUUUAUCAACUAUCCGACUCAGGUUUUGGGUAAAUCUGCUAAGCCCAUACCAGUUAUGAUACUUGGUGUGUUAAUUGCUAAGAAAAAAUAUCCUCUUGUGAAAUAUUUGUUUGUUCUCAUGAUAGUCUGUGGUGUUGCUCUAUUUUUGUACAAGGAUAAAAAGCAGAAAACCGAUCAACAUAGCGAUAUGAUGAUAGGGUUUGGUGAAAUUUUGUUGUUGGUUUCUUUAACUCUUGAUGGAAUGACUGGAGCCACUCAAGAUAAAAUGAGAACAGAACAUCACAUAAAAUCACAUCACAUGAUGCAAAAGAUCAAUAUAUGUUCAUUCCUCAUCCUUGGUACUGGCAUUGUGUUCACCGGCGAAAUUUGGAAAUCAAUUGCUUUUUGUCAGCGCCAUCCUUCUGUGUUGCCAAAUAUGCUAUCAUUUAGCAUCGCGAGUGCUUUGGGUCAGAACUUUAUAUUCAUCACAGUGGCGACCUUUGGUCCAUUGACGUGCUCCAUAGUUACUACAACGCGAAAAUUCUUUACAAUUCUGGCAUCUGUGAUAUAUUAUGGAAAUGCCCUCGUUUCGAGACAGUGGAUUGGGGUUGUUCUUGUAUUCGCAGGAUUAUCACUUGAUAGCAUGUUUGGAAAGACAAGGAAAUAGCCGAAUAUCAGGUGAAGUAGAGUUGAAAUGCAGUAAAUGCAUUAUUAUAUAUAGGUUCUCCGUGAAAUAUGUUCUUGUUUCGGCUGGAACCAAAUCACGAUGUCGAAGUUGGUCUGUCGAUGAGUGCAAUAUUCUUCCUUCGUCCAUUUUCAUAAUUUUGCUUUCAAUCCAUCUUACAUUUAUUAUGAUUUAAAGUGAAACAUCAACCCUCAACUUUUCGUUGCUAACAAACUUAGAGAAAUGUUGAGCAACCAUGAAAAGCAUUUUUACUAUUUUGGUGAAGGACCUAAUUUUCCACCAUUGAACUAAUGAACAAACAUUGUUUGCAUUGUAUGAUUUGAUUGAUUUGAUUUAAAAAAAGUUAAAGAAA